GUCUCCAAAGCUCUAAAAACUUUCAAGCUUUCUGUUUGUGGAGCAAAAGGAGGUGUGUGUUUCAACUAGAUUGCCAGCAGGUGGACUCUGAAAGAUCUUAAGAGCUUUGCACUUCCUGUGGAGGCAGUGAGAAGAACAAAGCUGGUGAAGGUGGCUUUUUCUUGUCCUUGUCCCGCUAUCUGCCAAAUUGUAGCCUCCAGCUUCUGCCCUGCCCUGCCCUGCCCUGCCACCCUGGGUGGGGGGAGUAAGAUGAAGUGCAAAGGAAUACUUCUCAUUGCUGUCCUGCAGGCAUGGUCCCCAAUUUCAGGUGCUGAUGUGCCAGGACUGACAGAUCCAAGACUGUGCUAUGUUCUAGAUGGGAUCCUCUUAAUUUAUGCUAUAAUUAUCACAGCCUGUUUUGUAAAAGCAAAGUUAAGCAAAGGCUCUCCUGAACCACAAACCUCUCAGAAUUCAGAUGACCUAUAUCAUAAAUUGUCUCAUGGACACAGAGAUGCAUAUGAAUCGCUGGGAGUUAGAAAGACAGAAAAUGACAUUGAAACAGGAGGGCAAACCCAGCACAGAAAAAAGAAACCUCAGGACAGAGUGUACAGUUCUUUACAGAGGGAUAAGAUGGGUGAAGCAUACAGCGAAAUUGGAAAGAAAGGAGAGAGGCGCCGUGGCAAAGGCAAUGAAACAGUUUAUCAGGGACUCAGCAAAGUAACCAAGGAUACAUAUGACGUCCUUCAAAUGCAGCCAAUGCAACCUCCUUACUAGCUACAGUUGCAUCUAACAGGACAGAGGAGAACUAUUUCCGUGAUGAACUAGAAUCUUGAUCACCGCUCAAGAUGAUCGAGUCGGAAAGCUCUUGCCUUCUACAACAGAUGCCACUUACCUGAGCAUAAAAACCCAAGCUUCUUUUCUAGCCAACUUCAAAUUAUAGCUUUCAGAGUGUACAUAGCUGCAGAGUCUGGGCAACAUAGUUGCUCAGUUAAAGUUUAAGAGCAACUGUUGUGAUUUCUGUUUCAUGGUGAUUGCUUCCCCGGGAAAAGAUAUUUGAAGCUAAAUAUGCAUAAAAAUGUUCCCUCAUGCAGAAGGUUUUUAGUUCCAAAAUAUCAGGUAUGUAGAGCACCAACAGGUUAACUUGCAAAGCCCUCUCUUGCUAUAGGUUUGGCCUUUUAUUUAUAUAGAAAGCAAUUAAUUCUUGUUUUUUGGGGGGGAGUUACAUGCAAUAUUGAUUAUAGCAAUGUAUCAUUAGUGCCGUUCAUAAAGUUUCCACAGAUUAGUAUAAUUUUCAGUGUAUAGAAUCAUAAUACAGAAGGAAGUUUAGGAUUUAACUGAAGGUGGGUGAUUAUCCCCACUCCACCCCAGGCAGCACUACCCCCAGUCAAGACAACUUGUCCAUGUAGUGCUUGGGACACACUAUAACAGUAAGAUGUGGGAAAGAAUUGGGAAGGUAUGAAAAUCUGAAGUUGCAAAAAUGCAUACAAAUUCCAGUGGAUGAACUGAGGCAGCUGAAAUACAAGUUAACAGAGAAAUGAAAGCAGAUGUCCUUUAAAGCUGUGGAUUAAUUUCCUACCCCAAAUGCUUGUAUUAUAAAGCAAACUGCCUUUUACCAUGAAGGAUUUGAGGGAAUGACCUUUUAAAAAAAAGUUUCUGCCAAUGCAAAAGAAAAUGCACACAUUUAGAAUAAAGAAACUAAAACUGACCUUGGACUGAGUGAAGUGGAACUUUCUUUUGAGUAAACAUGCUCAGGCUUGUACUAUGCACUAUUAAAGUGUUUUAACAUGAACAUGGGUUUGUGCUAUAUGAGAAAUAUGGGUGAGUGCAGACAGUAUGUUCCCAUAGAUAAGAGAAUGGAAGUGGGUCAUGUGCUCACAUACCACCUCCCUCCCACAGUUCUGUUUCCAUAGUACUUGCAUAGCUCCUGGUUGGUUUGACUGGUUAAGCAUUCCAUUACCACCCCAUAUUGAAUGUGAUUGUUUUAUAUUCCUGGCAAGGCAGAAGCCUGAUUAGUACUGAUCAGACUUAAUUGUCAGUGUUGAUGUAAUGAUGAACUGUGCUUAGUAUCAGUGGAACAAGGACAGGAGCAAUUAGCAUAAGGGUGGGAAACACAGUGCACAAUCCUGUGCAUGUUUACUCAGAAGGAAUGGCCAAUAGACUUACUCCACAGGAAGUGUGUUUAGAGUUGCAGCUUAGAGAUUGGGAUAGUCACACCUAUAACUAUCAAGCAUACCACCUGUUAUGCUUUUCUUCCAGCCAAAUUCUUACUGAGAGAAUUAUGUACUUUUAAUGUUUCCCUUACCUUUAAAUACUGUAGUUACACAGAUCAUGGAGGAUCUUUAUUUCUUCUGCCCAUGCUAUCAGACUGAUUCAAAAAGGGGUUGCACACAAGAUGCAAUUUCUUGCCACUGCCAAGAACUAUUAUCAUAAAAAACCGACACUGACUCUAGACCUAGUUCCCUUAAUACACUUCUGGAUCCUUAAAAUUUUAGUAACUUCAGUUAAAAUGUUUUUUUUGUUCUUUCUAUCUGAACUGAAAUAACAAGUUCUGUGUAUGUUUAAAUAAAAGCUUCUUUAAGUAUA